AGGGGAUAAAAGUGGCAGCGCAGCAGGGGCCGAGCACUGUGCAGAGCAGAGCCCCGCAGCCACCCAGCUCCAGCCCCGCUCGCCGUGCCAACGUCCCGCAGCACCAUGAAGGGCUCCGCAGCCGCCCUGGCCGCUCUGCUCCUCCUGGCCCUCUGCUCCUCAGCCGUGGCCCAUCUGGACGGCGUCUCCACAACCUGCUGCUCCACCUACAUUCAACAUCCCAUCCCAAGCAACUUCAUCGCAUCUGCCUUCCCCACCAGCAGAAAAUGCCGCCUGCCGGGGGUGAUCCUGGUCACCAAGAAGGGGAGGGAGAUAUGCGCAAACCCCAAGGAGUCCUGGGUGCAGAAACGCCUGGAACUCUUCCAGAACCAAGAAAACUGACCUUUUACAGAAUCAUAGAAUCAUAGAAUGGAUGGAUUGGAAGUGACCUUACAGCACACCCAGCUCCAACCCCUGCUCUAGGCUGCUGCCCCCCCCCCCCCCCCCAGAUCAGGCUGCUCAGGGCCCAUCCUUCCUGGUCUUGGGCACCUCCAGGGCUGGGGCACCCACAGCUCUCUGGACAGCAGUGCCAGGGCUUCCUCAUCCUUCCCUCCUACUUCCCCAUCAAUACUAAGGAAGUGAAAACACAGAGAUGAUUCAGAACGCAACAAAAUGCUUGUUGAGGAGUCAGGAGCUCUGAUGCCUAAAUAAAAGUCUUGCAUUUGAAAACACUU